AGAUCACAACAACAAAAUGCUGCUGUCAUAUGUUUAAAGUGAAUCAUCGACACAACAAAUCAAACUCCAUGAAUCGUUUAAAUAUUUUUCAACUUUAAAAAUAUUUUUAACGAUUUUUUUUAGUUAUUUUCAUACUUUAUAAUUUCUUCGAGCUUUAUAUAAAAAAACACAAACAAUAUCUGCUGCUUCAGCUUCUCCACCUCCUCAGACACAAUCAACCAUGUCACUGUAUAGAAAAAUGAAACAUUUACACAGAAUUACACAUGUAAGAUGGCGUUUAACAUCCUUAAGCUGUAGUAGUAUACCUUGGCUGCUACAGUUAAGCUCAUUACUCUUAAUCCUGCUCAGCUAUCAUACACAAACUAUUCAGGCCUUUUGUCCCUCCAAGUGUCAGUGUUUGGGCAGUGAUGCCAAUACGAAAGCGUAUUGUGUGGAUGCUGCAUUAGAAGAUGUGCCAAUACAAUUGAAUCCAGAGACCAAAUAUAUUAAUUUAACUUUAAAUAAAAUACGCAAUAUAGAAUUUACAUUGCCGUUCUAUAUGAAAUUGGAAAUAUUGGAUUUAUCGCGUAAUAUUAUCGAGACACUGGGUUCGAAAAAUUUCGAAUAUCAAACCGAAAUGAGAACUUUAAAUUUAAGUCAUAAUUUAGUGAGUUCUUUGCAAAAGGAUGCCUUUAAGGGUUUAACCAAUUUACUAGUGUUGGAUCUGAGUUCUAAUCGCAUUGAUAUGGUGCAUCCUUCGGCCAUGUAUGACUUAUCCUCGCUGAUAGAAUUGGAUUUAACUAACAAUAAUAUUGUUAGUUUGGAGGAUAAUACAUUUCGUAAUUUAAUGUCUUUGGAAAUAUUAAUAUUUAAAAACAAUCAACUGCUCGAUGUACCCGCCAAUAAUCUACAACAUUUGCAUUCGUUAAAGUCCUUAGACUUAUCCGAUAAUCUAGUGGAAUAUGUGCGUAAUGACAGUUUUGAGGGUCUAAGGGAACUGGUGACUUUGACAGUAAGAGGCAAUGUUAUUAGUGAACUGGAUUUAAGUGCAUUUGAGGGUUUGAUUACACUGAAACAUAUGGAUUUAGCGGUUAACAAUUUAACGGUAACAAAUAAGGAAAAACUUACAAAAAAUUUAACCAACAUUUUGCUAUAUGUUAACAAAAAUGAUUUUUAAAAACUACCCUCUUGAUUCAACAAUCUGUAUCAUCACCCUCUCCUCCACUUGAAUUCCUUUAAUUUUGUUGAAAGGUCGUAGGAAAGAGCUUUUGUAGACAACACCCACUUGCAAAUAUUGUAUCUAAACAACAAUCCACUCCUUAGCGAUAUACCCAUGCGUAUGUUUCAAGGAAAUCCUAAUAUUGUAGAGGUCUACAUGCAGGCUAAUAGCUUGCAAACACUUUACGCUGCUCAAUUCCCUAUCGAUCAAUUGGAGAAACUAUAUUUAGGCGAUAAUCCGCUACAAUGUAACUGUACACUCUUUUGGCUAUGGCGUUUGGUAACAGGCAAUUUUGAUAAUGGUCAGCAGGGUAAUGAAAUGAAAGCCGAUAACAUGAUGAUGUCUCAUGAUGCUGGCUCUGUGGCAGCUUUGGGAGCAGAUUUAAAUGCCGAAACUGAUGAUAAUCUAGUGAGAGUAGCAGCCUAUGUGGCCGAGCGUAAAAAGGAUGUUAGUUCAAAAUUUAAAUAUACCAAUCCAGCGGCAGCUAUGAAUAGUGGUUAUCUGAAAUUGGAUUCAGAGCGUAUAGGCUGUGAAGUAUGGCAUGAUAGUAAGAGAACACGUAAACAUUUGGCAGCUAUGACAGAGGGAGAAAUCACCUGUCCAGCACAUGUGGUAACUAUAGUAUGUGCUGUGCUCACCUGUUUGCUGGUGGUAAUGACCGGCGCCAGUAUAGUGUUCUAUAUGAGAUUUGUCAAACGUAGAAGGAAGUUAAUGCAUGAUCGUAGUUUACGUACAGGCAAAUCAAUAGUCAAUGUACACGAUCGUAUUUUACCGCAUCAACCUUUAAGUGCUCAAACAAAUGGUGGCAUACCGGGGACCCUAAUGAAUGGUUCAUAUCCCCAUCAUACUUUGCAAAGCCAAAGAUCAACACUACCCCAUCAUAAUAUGCAUCCACUGCAUCAUCAGGACUAUCAUCAAACCAUGCCACAGGUGGAUAAACUAGAGUUGGAAAGAUAUUUAACUGCCCAGGCUAUAGCUAAUGAGUAUAGAGCUUUAAAACCCUGGGAAUUGCCACCAGUUAAGGACUCUAACACCUAUACCGAUGAACCUGAACAUUUAUAUGAGAAAUUCGAUCAUUACGACUAUCCCGAUGCUCACACAAUGUCAAAGACCACAAAUGGUAAACAUCUAAUGAAUAAUCAAAAUAAACAUGCCUCAGCACAACUUUUAAACAGUAGUGGGGGUCUAAAUAACGGUAUUGGUAGUAUGGGUAGUAGUGUUGUUGGUGGUGUUAGUGGUGUUAGUGGUGUUGGUGGUGUUGGUACUCUUAAUAAACCUCAUAUAGUCUAUGUAUGAUAUAAUGGUAGAGAAAAGUUGAUCAUUGAUGAAGGAUCAGGAUCUACUAGUGAUACUGUGGCAUUAAGCAAUUGUUUAAAUAAUAAUUAUAAUACAAUGUGUAGUUAUAUUAAAUUAGUUUAAAAACUUCUUAUUAAUAUUAAAACAAAACUAUCAAAAACAAAGCAUGUUAAACAUUUUGGUUCAAAAGCAACAAAAAAUCGUCAGUUUAUUUAAAUUAUCAUAAAGAAAAAACUCCACAGAAAAAGGAUCAAACUUCUAAAAGUUUCUCUCUGUCUCUCUCCUUAACUACUUAUUCGAUAUUACUUAGUAACACAUUAACACAAACAAACAAAAAACACAUACAUACACUUACAUAAAUAAUUUAAUAACAUUAAUUAACUUGGCAAAAACAGGGAACUUAUUUAGCAUGAACAAGGAAAAUUUAAAAACAAAUAUAUAUAAAACCUUUUUAGUAAAAACUGAAAACUUUAAACAACUUACAAAGUUUAGUAGAGAAUUUAUUUAAAAUAAAGUAAAUAAAUAUUUUCCAAAAAUAAAAAACAGAUAAAAAAGAUGGUAAAGAGGAACAGUUAAGAGGAACUUACUUAAAAAAACGUAUUAAAAGUUUUUAAUUUUUCUAAAUUUGUUUGAUUUAAAUAAAAAUUAAAGAGAUUUUAAGAAAAAAAAAGAAAACACAAAAAGUGUAGAAACAAAAGCUUUUAAUUUUUAAAAGUUUGUAAAGCUUUUUGCAAGAUCUUUUCAAAAACUGCUUUAAAACCAAACACAGCUUUAAACCACCAAUUAAAAGUUAAAAGCAUUCUUUAUGAAAGCUUUUUCAUCAAAAUAUUUCAAAUUUAGUUAAAUCACUUAAAUUAUUUUAAAUUGUAAAGUUUGUAAUAUUAAGUAAAUUUUUGUUUAAUUUGUGGCAACAUAUAAAAUUAUUACAAAAAGCUUUAACUUUUCAAAGCUUUUAAAACGAAAACUUAUCAAAGUGUGUUUAAAAUUAGAUUCAUUUAACCACAAUUAGUAUUAUUUAAUUAUAAAUUGAAUUUAAGUUAAAAGCUUUCAAGUUUGAUUAUAUAAAAAUGUUCUGUAAAGCUUUUAGUAGAGAUAAUUUUUCUUAAAAACUUGUUAGAAUUUACAUUUAGUUGUUAUAAAAAAGCUUCUUAGUUAAAAAAAGAAAUUUAUUUUUAACAAUUUUUAAAGCUUCAGUGAACAAAAUGUUACAUUUUUGUAAUAGUUUUUAGCAAAAGCUCAAACUAAAAAGCUUUAGAUGAAAAAGCUUUUCCUUAAAGAGGUGGAAAAUUUCAUUAAAUAUACAUAAAAAGUAAAAAAUAAAAAUGCUCAAAGCAGCUCUAGUUACAAAGUUUUUUUUCCUGAAAUUAAGAUAUCGGAUCAUAAGUGAAGUUAUAAAAAAAUGUUUUUAUAUAAAAAGUUUUAAAAAGGUCAAAUUUGGAAAGCGUUCUUUUAAACUUUCUAGUUUGAUUUUACUCAAUUAUGCAAAAAGUUUAAAAAACUUUUUUAAUGCAUUUUUUGACUCAGAAAAUUUUUUAAGAAAAUCGUCUAUAAAAGCUUUUCCUUGAAGAGUUAUAUACUAAACAAUGAAAAAAAAAGCUUUUGUGAUAAAAGUUUUUAUAAAGUUGUUAUAACAUAAUUUUUACAAAGUGCUUU